AUGGAUCUACCUACCGUCACCAUAGACAUACAGGGGAAUACCAAUGGAGGUGGACAAGGAGCUGGAUCUAUUACAUACUAUGGAGGAUCUCCCAACCAAGUUAAGCUUACUAAGAUUGAGGAUCCUCCUGGUUCUGGAUUUGUAAAGCUAGUACAUACUUCAGCUACUGGAACAUCUGGAGGACUUUUUACUGUUGGUAAGGUUCAGUAUGGAGGUACUCCUGUUUCAGACAUAAAACCGGAUGAACCUAUAAAGUCUUUAUCAGUAUGGUAUCACUCUGGAGAUAAAAAUCACAAUCAGCCCCUUCUUAUAGAAAUUGAGAAGAAAGACGGAACGUAUGAUUAUCAUGAAACUAAGGGAAGUAGUACUGAAUGGAAUCCACAUGGUAAUGGUUCUCAAGAUAAUCAACGGCUGGAAGGUAAAGCCCUUGAGCAGAAACUGGAAUAUCUUAACUGCCAAUAUCACAAAUUGGUUACCAUCAAUCUCACCUUUCAGAAUUCUAGCAGUCUUUCUGAGAAGCCUGAAGGUGAAAACAAGUAUUGUUGUGGUAAACAUAAUGGUCAAGAAAAGGUGACCGUUAAGGGAGGGAAAGUUGCCUCUCAAAUUCCCUACGUCAAACAUCACAUUGACAAUGGGACUGAAGUUUCUGGUAUUAAGUAUUAUGAUGAAAAAACUAGAAAGAAUAUAACUUCUAAUAAUGGUAUACGGUUUCCUAUACAGGGUUCACUGAGUGUCUACGCAUUUUAUUGUGGAGGAAAACCGGUGCUUAUAUAUCUAGAUUCUACUUCAAACGGAACAGCAAAAGGGUGGUACAAACAGAGUCCUGGUGGUGAUACAUGGGAAGAAACCUUGAUUGGACUCAAAAACAAGGACCCAGAGAAUAUUAAAGACUGUAGUGAGAAAAAUUUUGAACAACUUGUGAAUGCACUAAACAAAUUUCCUGGAUGUGGCUAUGAAACAUGUGUUGGUCCCGCUAAAUCUGUUCCAUCCUCACCUCUACUAGGUGCUGCUGCUCCUGUUGCUGGAUCUCAAGGACCUACUGGGCCUGCUGGUAAAGAUGGUGCUGAAUAUGGUAAUCCUCCUACUGAAGGUAAAAUUGAUGUGGCUAAAGCUCAGCUAGACUCUAAAGAAUCUGGACUUGUUACUGAUAAAAAUGGUGAUAGAGAAGCUGAUGCUGGACUUGAUGCUAGUGGUGGUAAAGCUGAUGUAGUAUCUGAGGGAGGUAAUGGUGGAAAAUCUCAAGAAAGUGCUCAAGAUAAAAAGACUGUUGAUCAAGCACAAACUGUUGAUGGUCGAUCUCCUGAUGGAGCUCUUCAACAACUUACUAUUGCUAAACCUUCUGAUACUCCUGGUACCGGUAAGCAAGUAGGUAAAUACUGCAAUGACUGCAGGAACUGCCAAAACUGUGAAUGUGGCUGCAGAAGUGGAGGAUCUGAAGGAAGAUGUAUUCCUGACCAAUGUACUAAACCAGACUGCCAAUGCUGUAAAGAUAGGGGUGGUACUGUUCCCUCUGUUAAUGCUUUCUUAUCCCAAGGUUUGAUGAUCAUCUUGGCCUUUACUGGAGACGGUUACCUCAAGACCUAUUCCAAGUAUGAGCAUGACAGGAGUAAGUGGCCUACUAAAGACUUUGGAUUCUGGAAGUCCCUAAGAUACUGGACAUGA